AUGAUCUUACAACACACACUAUUGAAACAGAUAGUAAUCAUAGGAGCAGUUGCCGUAGCCUAUUUGCAAAGAGUCAGCUGUGCAUCAGAGAACAUGGAUGUGCCAAAGGACAAGAAUGCAUUUUUAUCCUGUGCGGCUAGCUAUUGGGACGGCCAAGUUGCUUUCGUAGAAAAACAAGUUAAAAUACGCAGUGAUUUUAUUGAACACGUUGAUCGUGUCACCUUUAAAGAUCUACGAUUUGACGGAAAUAACUAUAUGGGAAUAGGAAAGGAAACCAUGUUUGAAAUAACAGAGGAUUUGUCGGCUCUUAAAGAAGAUCAGAGAGAAAUGAUGAAGCUAUUAGAGCCAUCGAGUGAAUCAACUGCUCUUAUCGAUGAAGAACAGGCCACUUCUAGCAGUGACCAAGAGAAAAAUACCAUUCAGCCAGCCUUAAGGGAUGUGUUGUCAAAAAUGCUUAAAAGAAACACUGCGCUCAUUGAAAAACUAGACAAGUUCAGCUCAGACAUGCUAAAACUUGUAAGAAAUUACACUUUACUGAAAAAAACAGAUAUCCAGCUGGACGACCUCGUGCUGUUUAAGCUAGCAGAGAAAAAUAGAACACUCCCCACUAACAUCAUACUGUCUUUCUUUGACGUAGAGUCAUCUAUCUCUGCUUUUGACGGCAAAAUUAGCAGACAGAAACUGGACGAGAUAGUUGAUUGCUUAAGCAGCAGCAGCCUUGACAACAAAGAGCUUAUUCAUAGUUAUGUGUGCACAGUAAUGGAAGACAUAAUGCAAAAGAGAGAACACCCGUUAGUGUCAGCUGAUAAACACUUUUCAACUAUACUGGAUAAGUACGGACUGAAUCUGGCAGCAGAUGAAAAUAUAAUGGAUGUCUAUUCCAGUCUACUGAAGGAUCUUGCAGGUGCAGAGAUAAGCCAGUUCAAAGACACCGCGCCUAACAAGGUUAUGAAAUUGAUAAUGAUUGAACACCUGAUGGAUGAGAAUCUAUUGAAAUACAAGAAGAACAGUUUGUUUUCUAACUUAGAAAAGAUAAUACUGAGCAUGGAAGAAAAGCAGCAGGCUAAAAUACUUACUGUUCUAAGCAUGCUGUGGAAUGACUGGUACUUCAAGUUAAGAAAAAAUGACAUAUUCAGAAGCGAUGCCUGCAAAGAGCUUAACCUGAACGUUUAUUUCUUUGAAAAACUGCUGAAAAACAUCGGGUCUUUUAAAUGGAUAUAUGCUAUGGGCAUGCCUGAUUUAGACACACCCACUUCAUUUCCAAAAAACAAACUGGCAAAAGAAAUACACUUUGACAUGUCCUACCUGCACCCCAUGUGGUAUAUGUGCAGGCGAUAUGAGAGCAUUAGCCAUCUAGACAGGCCCGAUCCUAAAUCUAAGGGUAAGCCAUUCAUGACCAGAAAAAACGACUUGGUCACACUUAGACCGCACAGAAUAAGUAAAAUCGAUGAUGAGUUGACACGCGCAGAGAACAUGCGCGAUUUCAUGAAUACGUGUUUUUCUUCAUCACCCGUUAAAAUCAAAAUUUUCCAUGAAUAUCCAAACAGCGGCACAUACGACUAUACGUACAAUAGAAUACUUAAGUGUUUAGAGCUGCCUCUAAUAGAAGAUACAAGAGAUGCACUUCAAAGAAGAAGAAAAAGGAAUAUUUAA